UGUUAUUUGUCCAUCGGGGGAAUCAAGUCAGACGCUGUUCAGUGUUCUGCUUUUCAAGAACUGCACAGUGGUAAAACAGAGAAACCGCAAACGAGUGAGAAAGACAGAAAAUUAAAUGAAGCAGAGUAAGAGAGGAUGUUGGAGACUUUUUUAACCUACGCAUUUUUUCUUUACAGAAAGAAUUAAGAAUUGAAGAAAUGAGGCCUUUGCAUUUGAACCAGUAACUGUUUUCAAGUACUGGAUUUUCCUUUACUGAAAGAUAAGAUUUCUUUUUAAAUAAACACUGGAAGCGUUUUCUCUGAUGAUACAAAUUACUACAUAUUUCCUGGAAAAGCAUUAUGGUGUCUGGAUUUACAGGAUUUAUUUCCCUUAAAGGAUUAACUUAUUUUGAUAUCUUAGUAUAUUUUAAUAAAGCGCCGUGUACACAUAUCCCAUUGCCUAUGUUCUUAUAAAGUUAAAGGAACAUUUCACAACUGAGUUAAUGUACAGCUUAUAGUGUUGUAUAAUCACGACUUAAACCGUAAACACGAAUUUCCAAUAGUUGCUCAACAGUAGUCGAAAGCAAGAAAUGUCUCUUGAACUUACUGCAGAAGAAGAACAGGCUACAAAGCAAUUCCUUGAAGAGAUUAAUAAGUGGACAACACAGCAUGGCAAUUCCCCGCUUUCCUGGAACACUUCUGUCAAAUUCCUCAUGGCCAGAAAGUUUGACGUCCUUCGAGCUGUUGAACUCUUCCACCGUUACAGGGAAACUCGGUUGAAGGAAGGAAUCGUGAAGUUAAAACCACAUGAAGAACCACUUCGAUCAGAGCUGCUUAGUGGAAAAUUUACAAUACUGAAUGUGCGGGAUCCGUCAUGUGCUACGAUUGCCCUUUUCACAGCAAAGUUGCAUCAUCCAAACAAAAUCCACCAACAUGUGGUGCUUCAAGCCCUGUUCUAUCUGUUGGAUCGAGCUGUGGAAAGCUUUGAUACACAAAGGAAUGGGCUGGUUUUUAUCUAUGAUAUGGCUGGUUCUAACUACACUCACUUUGAGCUGGAACUCAGUAAAAAGAUUCUGAGCCUUUUGAAGGGCGCCUUUCCUGCUCGCUUAAAGAAAGUUUUCAUAGUUGGUGCACCUGUAUGGUUUCGAGUUCCAUAUUCCAUCCUUAGUCUCUUACUGAAGGAAAAGCUGAGGGAAAGGGUUCAAAUGGUGAAGAUGUCAGAGUUGAAGCAGCACCUACCCAGAGAGUGUCUUCCUGAGCACCUGGGUGGAGUAAUAAAACUGGAUCAAGCUAGUUGGAACCAGCAGUUUCUUCCACAGCAGAAUGGCCACCCUGAUCCAUUGGAUGAGCUGAUUCUGUUGCCAGUGAUGCCAGCCCGGGAUGAUGGGUCAGUGCAUAUCCCUGGACCAGAAGCCAUGACGGUACAAGAACUGUAUGACCAUGUUAGGACUGUGCAGAAACAUGGAAUUUAUGAAGAAUAUGAAGACAUUAGAAGGGAGACCCCAGCAGGAACAUUUCACUGCUCAAUAUCACCCAUAAACCUGGAGAAGAACCGCUAUGGUGAUGUGCUGUGCCUUGACCAGACAAGAGUGAAGUUAAAACAUCACCGAAAUGAGAGAAGUGACUACAUUAAUGCAAGUUUUAUGGAUGGUUACAAACAGAAAAAUGCUUACAUUGGCACACAAGGUCCUUUAGAAAAUACAUACAAUGAUUUCUGGAGGAUGAUAUGGGAACAGAAUGUGUUGGUGAUCGUCAUGACAACAAGGACUGAUGAAGGGGGAAGGAAGAAAUGUGGCCAAUACUGGCCUUUGGGACAGCACACUAAGUCACAGUAUGGCAAUCUCAUAGUGACCAACCUCAAUGUAACCAGCUUCAGACACUAUAAUAAAACAACACUGGAGAUGCAAAGCACAGAGACUCUUGAAAGACGUCAAGUGACACAUUUCCAGUACCUAAGCUGGCCAGAUUAUGGAGUCCCUUCUUCUGCAGCAGCACUGAUUGAUUUUCUUGGAGCAGUUAAAAAUCAGCAGUGGCAGUCUGUAAGGACUUUGGGGCACAGAUGGAGAGGACAUUCGGGAGGACCACCAAUAGUUGUCCACUGCAGUGCUGGGAUUGGUAGAACAGGUACCCUUUGCUCUCUAGACAUCUGUCUUUCCCAGCUACAGGAUGUGGGUACUUUAAAUGUUUAUCAGACAGUGAGAAGGAUGAGAACUCAGAGAGCCUUCAGUAUUCAGACCUCAGAGCAGUACUAUUUCUGUUACAUGGCCAUCAUUGAAUAUGCACAACGACAAGGCUUGCUGUGCUCCAGUCAUUAAGAAGCAAGCUUGGCUGUUGCCAUUUGAAGGCUUAGAAACGAGACAUGCUGAAGGACAGAGGAAAAAUGUGUAUAUUGCUGGUACACUCUUACUAUAGGAUCCAGAGGAUUUUACGGUCUUGGCUGUCCAUGCUUACCAGUUAUUAUAUUCAUUUGAUAUUCUAUGUGAAGGCUGUGAUCCAAACUAAAAGAAAAGUUCAGCUAACUUUUAAUUGCUUCAAGGUCAUCUUUUCAGGUGAACUACACAGAUGUGCCUCUCUCUCUUUUUUUUGUGUUAUAUAACCCCCAGAUGGUCGCUCAUUACUGGGUUACUAUAAAAAUUAAGCACUGAUUUACAUGAUGCGACAUCACACAGUAUGUUCUCUUUUUCUGAUGGACUUUAAUCUCCUCAACAUGGAGAAUACCUUCUGUUUUUGAUUACACAGUUUAGCAUGAGGGCAUUGAUCUUAUCCAACAAAGAAGGAGCUUCUGAACAUUCUAGCUUUCCUUUUAACUUGACACUUUAUGUAUAGAAUACAAACUUUUUAGUGCAUUGUGAUAUUUAUUCUUGUCAAUAAGCAAAACUGACUGAUCACCUUAUUUUGCCAUGUACGAGUCUGAAUUUGUGAUAGCAAUAUAAAUACUAUGUUUCACAUAUAAUGUCUUGGUAUAUUUUA